AAUUGAAAAAUUUCGUAUCAUUCGGUGAAAUGUCUUUCGAAAAUAAAGUCGUACUUAUAACCGGUGCCGGUUCUGGCAUUGGCGAAGCAAUAGCGGUUCAUUUCGCUAAGUUAUCCGCUAAGCUGUCUCUACUGGACAUUAACGCUGAAAAUCUAGAAAAAGCAGUUGAAAAGUGCGAGGAAUUGAGCAAAACUAAGGCGAUUAAAAUUAUCCUCGAUAUGACAAAAGAUGAAAGCGUAAAACAAGCAGUCGAUAAAACUAUUGAAGAAUUUGGAAAAAUCGACGUAGUUGUCAAUUGUGCAGGAAUUGUUAGUAUAUCUGGUAUACUAGAUGGUGUAUUCAUAAAUGAUUUCGAUAAAGUAAUGACUGUUAAUUUAAGAGCAUAUGUUGUAAUGACACAUUACGCUGCGCCAGCAUUGGUUAAAACUAAAGGAUGUAUAAUCAACAUAGCUAGUGUAUACGCUAAGUUGGUUGAUAAGAAAAUUAUUCCUUACACAACUUCUAAAGCAGCUGUGGCACAUUUCACCAAGAAUGCCGCUCUGGAAUUAGCUGAGAAAGGAGUAAGAGUCAAUUCCAUUUCCCCUGGAUUUGUUGAGACGAAAAUUAUAGUAAAUAGCAAGUGUGACAUGGAUAAAUUUAAACUGUUGGAAAGGAAGUCGCCGCCUAUUGAACAUGUACUGAAGGUGGAAGAGAUCGCAGAUUUGGCUGGUUAUCUGGCAAGUGAUAAAGCGCAGAGUAUAACUGGAGCUGACUUUGUCAUUGAUUCUGGAUCUACUCUUUUGGGAUCGUUGCUAGAGAACAUCUAAAUAUAUUUUUAGUUUAUUUUAGAAACAUUUUGUAAAACUUGCAUGU